AUGCUUGGUGUUUUUCGCCAAUUUGGCGUUGCUCAAGCACUCCGCGCCUCCGCGCCUCGCACAGUGUCCGCAAGAUGGACUCCUCAACUGUGCAAGUUCAAGCCUCUCGCAACUCAGUCUCCUGUUUUGGUCCGGUCAUUUCAGACUUCAUUCCCUGCGCUGAGGGCCACCGCUCAGGCAGCGGCUGAGGAGACUAACACCGAGUCAGAACUUAUUACCAAGUUUGCGGACUUGCAACAACGUGAACUUAUUGAUGGAACGCUUAUUCGCAAUGUCACCUCCCCUGUCCGCAUGGGCUUGGAGACUAUGACCGAGGUCCAAAGCCAAACCAUCCAUCAAAUGCUUCAAGGAAAUGAUGUCCUCGCCCAGGCCAAGACCGGAACUGGCAAGACACUUGCUUUCCUUCUCCCUACCAUGCAGAAUAUCCUUAAUGAUCCUUCCAUCAACUUGCAAUCCCGGGCCCGCGGAUACAACAAUCGCUCCUAUGUCGAAGCUGAUGAUAUCCGUGCCCUUAUCAUUUCCCCUACCCGUGAGCUUGCCGAGCAGAUCGCCGCGGAAGCCCGGAAGAUGACUCCUGGCACUGGUCUGAUGGUCCAGACCGCAGUUGGUGGCACACAAAAGAGACAGGGACUUCAACGUAUCCAACAGCAAGGUUGCCACCUUCUUGUUGGUACCCCUGGUCGUAUUAAGGAUAUCUUCAGUGAUCGCUCCAACGGUGUCUCCGCACCUAAGCUGAACACUCUGAUUCUGGAUGAAGCCGAUCGUCUUCUUGACCAAGGAUUUUCUGAGGAGAUUGAAGAGAUCCAGGCCCUUCUGCCCAAUCCCGAGCAGGUCACCCGUCAGACCUUGAUGUUCUCGGCCACUGUGCCCAAGGGCGUGAUGAAGAUGGUCGAGCGCACCAUGAGAUCCGACUACAAGACUGUCAAGACAGUUCGCGAUGAUGAGACCCCAGUUCACCUGCGGGUCCCCCAGAGAACUGUCUUCAUUCGUGGCUACGAGAACCGUCUUCCUGCUGUCCUUGAAAUCGCUAAGGAGUACCAGGCCCGUCAGAGCCAAGACUCUAACUUGCGCCCUUUCAAGGCCAUCGUCUACUUUAACUCUACUGCCGAAGUGCAACUGGCCGCUGAGGUUUUCCAGAAGCUUCCCCGCGUCGAGAACGCCAGCACUGGCCGUACUGACCCUGCCCUUGGUCGCAUGAAUAUCUUGGAAAUCCACUCGCGCCUUACCCAGCGCCAGCGAACCUACAGUGCUGACGCAUUCCGUCGUGCCUCCUCUGGUAUCCUCUUCUCUUCCGAUGUAACUGCCCGUGGUAUGGACUUCCCAGAUGUGACCCACGUCAUUCAGGUUGGUCUUCCAUCUGAUCGCGAGACCUACAUCCACCGCACUGGCCGUACCGCCCGUGCCAACAAGACCGGUGAGGGCUGGAUCUUGCUCCAUGAUGGCGAAGUUAAGGAGAUGGAUCACAUGCUUUCAGGCAUUCCUCUCCAGGAGGAUAGCCAGACCCUGCACACUCCCAUGGCAGACAUGUCCAAGGACCUCCACGACGUUUCUCCCGCCGCUCGCACUAUUAUUGAGCAAGUUCAGCAAAGUUCUGCCAGCAUCGGAUCUAUCAUCAAGCAGUCUACUUGGCGCUCUCAGCUCGGUCACGUCUUCAGAACCUUCUCUAGCAAGCGUACCGCCCUUGAGACUCUGAACAGACUUGCCCUUCACGGAUAUGGUCUUACCGAGCCCCCUACUAUUAACCCCGCCCUUGCACAGAACCUUGGUAUCUCCCGUUACCAUGACCUUGUCAAGAUGGAAGGUGGUGGUGGCCGUCGUUCGGACCGCCGCGGCUCUGAGAGGAGCCACGAUAGAGAAUCAUCUGGCCGAAGCUUCGGUCGCCGCUUUGACAACGACGACCGCGGACACAGCUCUCGGGGCUCUUUCUCCCGUCGAUCAUUCGGAAAUGACGACUUUAGCGAACGUCCUCGCAGCCGUCAAUACCGUGACCGAGACAGCAACAGAGACAGCAACAGCCCAUUCGGCUCUCGCUCUCGCUUUUAA